UCCCGGUCUAAAGUAUCCGGGCGCGACCGGAAGCGAAGGAGAAGCUGUCCUGGCCAUGGCGCGGGUUGGACCCGGGAGGGCGAGGGCCUCUCGCCGCGGCCGGAGCGGCCAGCGGCGACCUGCAACCUGGGACAUCUCGGACUCUGACACCGAGGGCCCCGCCCACUCGGAGGCCGCCGCGAAAGCCGGGGACCCAGCUGGGGCGCGCAGGGCGGCGGCCGAGGCGUUGCGGCUGAUGCGGCCGGAGCAGGUCUUGAGGCGCCUUGCGGUGCGCGUGGACCCAGGUGCGGCGGAGCGCGCGGGCGAUGCGCGGGCCUUCCUGGAAGACGCCGGUGCCGACGUCCUGAUGGAGGCCCUAGAGGCCCUGGGCUGCGAGUGCCUCAUCGAGCCCCAGCGCCCGGCGCGGAGCCUGCAGUGGACCCGAGCGAGUCCCGACCCCUGCCCCGGCACCGUGAGUGGUCGCGGGUUACCGAGGGCCAGCCCCGACUCGGCUGUUUUCAGUCCUGGCGCUGUCCCUGGGCGGUGCGGAUGGGUAAACCUAGGAUGGAGAAUGAGAAGUGGAGCUGCCCAAGCCGUUCUGCUGCUGCCUCCUGAAGUGUGGGCUGCCGGUGAACAGGAAUUGCUGCUGCUGCUGGAGCCGGAGGAGUUUCUGCAGGGCGUGGCUACACUGACCCAGCUCUCUGGCCCAACCCGCUGGGUGCCCUGGAUCACCCCCGAGAUCACCGCCCGGCCCCACUUGGCUGUCAUCGGGCUGGAUGCCUAUCUGUGGUCUCGCCAGCACGUUCCCCGUGGGACACAGCCAGAGAGCCCGCAGGUGGCCGGUGCCAAGGUGGCCGUGGACUGGCCAGAGGUGGAGGAGGUGAGGGUCUGUCUGAGCUGGGCUCUGGUGCUCCUGCAGCUUUGGGCAAAUCUGGAUGUGCUGUUGGUGGCCUCGUGGGAGGAGCUGAGUCAGCACGUGUGCGCCAUCACCAAGGCCCUUGCCCAGUGUCCCCUCAAGCAGUACCGGGAAUCCCAGGCCUUUUCCUUUUGCACAGCAGGGCGCUGGGCAGCAGGCGAGCCGGUAACAAGGGACGGCACAGGGCUUCGAGGGGCCUGGUGGAGGCAGAUCAGGCAGUUCAGUCGGGUCAGCCCAGCUGUGGCUGACGCUGUGGUCACAGCCUUCCCCUCCCCUCGCCUUUUACAACAGGCGCUCGUGGCCUGCAGCACGGAGCGGGAGCGCCUGGGCCUCCUAGCUGACCUCCCCGUGACUGCCAGUGAAGAUGGGCGGCCCCGCAGGGUAGGGCCUGACCUCUCUCGCCGCAUCUGCCUUUUCCUGACCACCGCCAACCCUGACCUCCUCUUGGACCUGAGCUCCUGACCACACCUGGGACCACCAGGACAGCAUGCAGCCUUAGGGACAGGCCAGACACCUGCAGAGUGGUGGGGAGGACCCCAGCCACAUGUACACCCUCAGGCUCUGGCUGGGCAGGUCUGAUCUCAGAGGGAGGGUAGGUGGUUGCAGGGAAAGUUUCAGGCAGCUGGAAUGAGAGAGGGGCUUCCGGCUUGCAGCUGGGAAGAGAGGCUGGUGGUUCUAUGCUGAGCCCUGCACACACGGGCCACAGGGGAGCCCAGCAGCAAGGCUGUUUCCCUUACCCCCUCUCCACACACAUACACUUGGCAGGGGCUGAAGGCAGCACCAGGGCCUCAUUGCCACCUGGAGGCUUGGGGUGUGGCACACUCAGCCAGAAGCCAUAGGAGACUCCCAUGGAUGUGAAGGGGCGGCCAGGCCUGGGAGAAUGCCUGGGAUGCUCAAAAGCCCAGCCUCUGCGUGGACAUUUUGGCUCCCGCCAUGGGGUGUUAGACAACAACUCUACAUUUAUUGCAGUCACUUAGGUCUAUGACGGCAGGGCAGCCGCUGACAACAUGCGGAGCAGGUUAGGAGAAACAAAGUCCCUGUGGGAACAGCGGGCUCCAGCCAGGCUCUCCUCGCAGCCUUCCAGGAGACCUGGGGUUGGGGCAGCUGCUUC